CCCAACAAAGGAGUGUGGGCCCCAAAUGAAAUAACCUCUCGGAAUCCAGCAGUGAUGCUCAAUAAUGAUGACAAGAAGUUUGUAGACUUUGGUUGAUCAACCCAAACCCAAACCCAAAAACUCCAUGGCUCACAUCUAAUGGGCGGUGACGCUCUCAAAAAUAUGCGGCCAUGCAAUUACCAAGUCCCUAUCACCUUCUUCAACCAUAAACAGCAAAUAUCCAUACCUCAUUCCAAUAGCAUUAACGGAAAAGAAAAAUCCCAUAUAAAUGGUCAUAGCCACCUAUUCCUUCCAUUUCACUUGCAUUGCAUCCCAGCUUCCCCUCUCCCCAAAAUUCUCUACAGUUCACCUUGGUUGAGAAUGGAGGAUUUGCAGCAGGGGAAACUAGUCGUCGGAGCUUUCGUUGCCAUCGUUGCAGCGUCGAUCAUGGCGUUCUGGUUGAUGAAGAAAGGCAACAACAAGAGACGACAAACAGCCCCAUUGCCACCCGGCCCACGCGGAUUGCCAAUAGUCGGGUACUUGCCAUUUCUAGGCACCCAUCUCCAUAAGAGCUUCACAGAGCUUGCCCGAGUUUAUGGCCCAAUCUACAAGCUUUGGCUCGGACACAGAAUCUACAUCGUGAUUAGCUCACCGUCGCUGGUCAAACAAGUCCGCGACCACGACGUAACAUUCGCAGAUCGAGAUCCCCUCAUUGCUCCCAAAAUCCUUACCGCCGGCGGGAAUGACAUUGCUUUCUCCUCCUACGGCACCGAGUGGAGAAAGCUGCGGAAGGUCUUCGUACGAGAGCUAAUGAGCAGCGCCCGGCUCAAUGCUUCCUACGUGCUGAGAAAGCGGUAUGCCGAGAAGGCUAUUAAAGAUGUGUACCAGAAGACAGGUAAGGCUCUGGACUUUGGGCAGUUGACGUUUAUGAUCAUAUCGAACACUGUUCUUAGCAUGCUAUGGGGUAGCACGACACAUGGAGAGGAAGGUGAGAAGUUGUUCUCGCAGAUCCGAGAAAUAGCAGGUGAAUCCAUGGUGCUACUAGGGAUGCCAAACAUCUCCGACAUGAUUCCAGCACUCGCCCGGUUUGACCUGCAGGGGAUGGAGAGAAAAAGCCAGGAGACAUUUCGGAGGUCAGAUAGAAUUUUGAGCUCCAUAAUCGAGGAGCGUCGGAAACUAAGGGAAAGUGGAGACAGCAACAGCGUCGGCAAAGAGGCGAAAGACCUUUUGCAAGUCCUACUAGACCUCAACAACCAUGGAGAUUAUGCUGCUGAGUCAUCAAUUACAGACAACCAACUCAAAGGCAUUCUCAUGGAUUCCAUCAUCGGCGGAACGGACACAACAUCGACCACAAUAGAGUGGACGAUGGCUGAGCUGAUGCAACAUCCAGACGCAAUGCACAAAGUACACAAAGAGCUUGACGAAGUAGUAGGAAGAGGCAAUGUCUUGGAGGAGUUCCAUCUCCCCAGAUUACACUACCUAGAAGCGGCCAUCAAGGAGACAUUCCGACUGCAUCCAACCCUGCCUCUGCUGGUGCCACGAUGCCCUACCGAGGACUGCCAAAUAGGUGGAUACACCAUUCCUAAGGGAGCCACCGUGUUCAUCAAUGCUUAUGCAAUGCACAGGGAUCCACAGCUCUGGGACAGUCCUCUGGAGUUCAGACCAGAGAGAUUCCUAGACGUGAACGCUGCCAAGUUUGAUUACUUGGGGAACAGUUCUCAGUAUUUCCCGUUUGGGACGGGUAGAAGGGUCUGCGCAGGGAUUCCCAUGGCCGAGAAGAUGCUCAAUUACAUUCUAGCAUCACUGCUCCACUCAUUUGAAUGGAAGCUAGCUCAUGGGUCGACAGAGGUGGAUUUGACAGAUAAAUUCGGAAUCGUUGUUAAGUUAGAGAAGCCAUUAGUUCUCAUCCCUACACCAAGGCUAGCCAAUCCAGAGCUAUACUAUAGCAAGAAACCUACUGAAAUCAAUUCAUGAACUGCUGCCUAUUGCAAUGUCAUUACUGCGUAUAAACUAUCCAAACUAUGUUUGCCUGUAAUGGCUUCUACUGAGUGAAUGCAAGUUCAGUUACUUGGGGAAAGAACUCAAUUAAUUCAGUUAGCAAGUGAGAAUUGGAACCCAGAAAGCCUAUCUUACUUUCAUUAUAUCAUGAGUAUAUAUACACGAAUUUAGACAUGGAGCAUUGCUCUAUACCGCUAGGAGGUAGGGUGUAUACAGCUAGGAGGUAGCUAAGAAGUUAUGGAAGAUUACAGAGCUUCAUGAGCA